AUGCCCGUCCGCGCUGUGGCUCUGCUGGCCACCGCGGCCCUGGCCCUCGCCGCCUCCCCGCCCGACCCUUGCUACGAGGACGAGCGCCCGAGACGCUGUAUCCCGGACUUCGUCAACGCCGCCUUCGGUGCCCCUGUUGUCGCCUCUUCGACAUGCGGAAGACGCGGUCCGGAAAGCCUCUGCGACCCUCCCGGAGACCAGCCGCCCGACAGUGCCUGUCGCGUAUGCGACGCUGCUAGAUCUGACCGACGUCAUCCUCCAUCUCAUCUAACCGACCUCAACAACCCCCAUGAUGUUACUUGUUGGCGAUCCGCUUCCCUACCUCCUGCGUCAUACGACUCACCUCCUGAUAAUGUCUCUCUGACUUUAUCCUUGGGUAAGAAGUAUGAGUUGACGUACGUCAGCUUGCAGUUUUGUCCAAAAGCCGCACGUCCCGAUUCCGUUGCUAUUUAUAAGAGCGCUGACUAUGGUGUUACUUGGCAACCCUUCCAGUUUUAUUCGAGUCAAUGCCGCAGGGUCUACGGUAGACCUAAUAAAGCCACAGUUACCGCAGCGAACGAGCAGGAAGCGAGAUGCUCCGACUCCCAUAGAUUAGCAGGCGAAAGUUCUGGAGCAGCUAGACUAGCUUUUAGCACCUUAGAAGGGCGUCCGAGUGCUGCUAAUUUCGAUAUAUCCCCCGUACUCCAAGAUUGGGUGACGGCAACCGACGUUAGGGUUGUGUUUAAUCGUCUGCACAUGGUGAACGAAGGGGAUGAAGUGGAUAAUAAAAAGCAAGCGGCGCCAGGGACGCAGCACUAUGCCGUGUCUGACUUCGCGGUUGGUGGACGAUGCAAGUGCAACGGUCAUGCUUCCCGGUGCAUUCCUACGAAGGCGGAGGAAGGCUCUACGGGCGUGCAGCAACUGGCAUGUGACUGCAAGCACAACACUGCAGGCAGGGACUGCGAGAGGUGCAAGCCGUUCCACUUCGACCGGCCCUGGGGACGCGCGACUGCUCGCGACGCCAACGAGUGCAAAGGUACAAUCUCACGUUGCAUUUUUAUUUUAAUUUACCGUAAACUUAUAACUUAUUAUAUUAUUGUUUAUAAUUUUUUUGAUUAA